CGUAAGUCAUGUGUGUCCGGUGUUGUGAUAACUGAAUUUCAUAGUUCCAAUAUUUUUAUUUAAAAAUGUGAAUUUAAAAAUAUUACAAAGUACACGUAAUUUAGUAUUCUAUAUUUAUAAAUAUUACCUACAUAACUUAUAAGUACACACUAAAAUGAGUCGAGCCCUUAAUUAUGUCUCGACUCUGGGUCGUGUUUUGUUGUUGAAUUGCAAAAUUAUUAAACCUACAAGUCAUUUCGGUAGUAGAACAAUCCGGCCAAUGUGUGUAGUAUCGUUUCAAGAACCAUCUACCAAGUAUCUGGGGUAUGAAAAUGUUAAUGCACAUAACACCAUGGCCAACGACCCUAUGUACAGUGAAACUAUGAUGGAUUCCCAGGAGAGAAAAAAUUGGCCUUUAGUUACUGAUGAACAGUUUCAUAUUUUAAUCACUCAAGAUCAUAGAAUAAGAUCAGUAGACGAAAUUUGUGACGAUUUUCAAAAGAUAAGCAUUUACGCAUCGGGUAGACAAUUUUAUUUGAUAGAUGAAAUGUUUGAAAAACUUAGAGAGCGAUUAAUAGCAGUUGCUCCACAAAUGUCUGAUGACCAGUUGUUGAAUUUUCUUAAAGUUCUUCCAUUGUGGAAUAUAUGUAGUGCUAAAGUACCAUUAUAUUUUAAAUUCUGGUCAGUUUUUGAUAAACAGUGUAUAGAAAGAUACAAAAAUUGGUCCCUAAAUAAAACUUUAUUGUUUAUGGAUCAUUGGUAUAACGCAAGAAUGUCAAAAUUAAGUAAUUUUGUAUGGUUGGGUGUUCGUAAACUUGGUCGAAGACCUUCAAGAUUGACUCCAAAACAACUGGUCCAAAUGAUGUUUUAUGCUAACACAAGUAGAAAAUUUAUUUCUACAUUACCAAUGUAUGACAUUGAACAUGAAUUGAAUUCAUAUUUCGAUGACUUUAAUGUAAAAGAACUUGGUAUAAUAGCUUUGGGUUUUUUUAAAACUCAAACUCCUAUUCGUAAUCCUGAUAUAAUUGAAAAAAUGUAUUCAUCUGUUUUGUCAAACAUGUCGCAGAUAAACAGUGUAGAAUUAGCUGCGUUUUUGAAGAUUUUUAGGUAUUGUUCAAAGCCCAUAAAUCAUAUUUCAAUGCGCAAGCUUAUGAAUGUUUUAGUAGACCAAAUUGAUUAUGUUAAUCUACUAUGUUGUGUUCAUAUGGCAUUGUUGGGUACUAAUUUAUUAAUGAAGCACGAUGAACUAUUAAACAAAGUUUCACAAAGAUUAGUCAAUGAAGUAUCGAAAACUCGCAUUAAGGAUUUAGAAAGAGUUACAUUAGCUUUGACAAUGUUGAAUCAUAAUCCAAAAACAAACCCUUGUAUAUUUGAUGUUGUGGUUAAGGAACUUCGAAAUAACAGGGAAACAGAAAUUGAUAAUUAUUGUAGACCGUAUGUUUUUACGCUAUCAUACCUAGCAACAAAUAAUGUAUAUCCAUAUGAUUGUAUUUCAAAAGCACUAAGUGUUGAAUUUUUACACAAAUGCUUUGGUAAAAAACUCAACAGGUUUAAUAUUACUCGUGAUGUGCUAAGCUUGAGCAACAGUCUUCUAAUAGAAUGUCCUGACUAUACAGGACCAUUUUUACCAGAUAAACUAACGGAAUCUUGCAACAAUCAUUUAGCUUGGCAUAUACCUACCUCGGACAAUUCCAAUAGACUUACUUACACCGAUAAAUUUAUCUUGAAACUUCAUAGAGAACUAAUUUGUUUGUUUAUCGACGAAUCAUUUUUACACAUAUGUUAUCCAUUACCACAUCAUUCAAAACCAGAUAUGUUAUUCUGUAUUAAUGAAGAAGGACAACCAAUAAUCAUUCCAAAAACAAUGAAAAAUAAGACUGUGUUUCAUGAUUUUACGAAACCACCUAGUUUAGGCAAAUGGUUUGCUGUUGUGUCACUUGGGCGAAACGCUCUACUUUUAAACAGUACAGAGCCUACUGGAUUGACAUUAUGUAAACUUCGACAACUAAAGAAGAUUGGAUAUGAACCAAUCAUAUUUACAUACAAAGAAUUUACAAAUAUUAAUGCCGAUGCACAUCAAAUCGUUAGAGAAAAACUAAAUUCACACGGCAUAGUAAUAUAACGUAGUAAUAAGUAUCUAUAGUGUUAUUUUUUUUAAUAAUAAUAUAAAAACUUGAAUAUUAUAAUUUUUAUAUUAAAAAUAACAGUAAUAUAUUAGCACCUAAGACCAAG